AUGUUGGUAUGGAACUGCGGCGGCGACGUUCGCGAGGUCCAGGUCCAUUACUCGUUACCAGCUAAGAUUUCAGCUGGUCCAUUCGUGCAACGGAAACAUCAGCCCAUCUGGUCGGUGGCCUCCCUCGAGGACGUUUUGCUUCGCGAGGAAUCCAUUCCAGAGUUCUUAAUGUCCAUCUGUCGUCUGCCUUCUCAUUAUAUGACCAGCCCAUCAAUGCUUUGCUUUAGAGACCUAUUCCGCUGGAUCGCGAAGACGAGACAUUAUCUCAUAUCUGAACUGCGAAGUCCAACGAGAUGUGAGCACGUCGCUUGUACUUCAGAAGACGUCGUUUCAGCGCUCUGUGAGUUGUCGGAGAGCCUUUGA